CUGGGAAGGCAGAGCUGUGGUUUAGAAGAAGAUGAGGCUGCUGGGUCUUCUCCUGUGUCUGGUGACAGCCCCCCAAGGUGUCCUGUCCCAGGUGCAGCUGCAGGAGUCGGGCCCAGGACUGGUGAAGCCCUCACAGACCCUCUCCCUCACCUGCGCUGUCUCUGGUUACUCCAUCACCAGUGGUUCUGACUGGAGCUGGAUACGCCAGCCCCAAGGAAAGGAGCUGGAGUGGAUGGGGCUCAUAAACAAUAAUGGAGACACUUACUACAGCCCCUCCCUCAAGAGACGAACCUCCAUCUCCAGAGACACGUCCAAGAACCAGUUCUCCCUGCAGCUGAGUUCCCUGACCACCGAGGACACAGCGGUGUAUUACUGUGCAGGCCCCACAGUGAUGAGAAAGCGCCUGUGUGAAGCCAACAGGCUCUACACACCAAUAGACCCUGAUGCGCCUGAGAAUUGGCCGGCAGUAAACAUCGCUUUUGUGUCCCAGUCGGCCCCAGACAUUAGAAAGAAAUUACAAAAGUUAGAAGGCUUUAAGGGAAAAGUGCUGUCGGAAUUGGCAUUUAACAAUAGAGAAGAUUCAGAGACUGUGCAGAUUCGGAAAAUGGCAAAGGUUCUGGUAACUGCCAUGCAAGAGGACCAACCUGGGGGCCGGGACAGUGACCCCUCAUUCUUAGUGAUGCCAGAGUGCCCGUACCCUCUACUGAGACGGGACCUUCUCAGCAAACUGCAGGCUACCAUCUCCUUCCAGGAGGAGACGGCUACAGUGACUUUUAAUCAGAGACCAGGGGCUGUGCUUUUGACUUGCCCCUUGAGCGAGGAAUAUCUCCUCACUGAGGGAACCGAGAACAACAAUCCGGUCCCAGAUGCCCCAUUACUCCAAGAGCUGCAACAGAAAAUACCUGGAGUAUGGGCAGAGAGUAACCCCCCAGGACUGGCGGUCCACAGAGUCCUGACUGUGGUACAACUCUCCAGCACAGCAAUUCCAGUACAGGUUUAG